AGAAUCGAGAAAAGCAGUCAACAAAUGUUCCUUUAUAUACUGGUCCACAUUUACCACCUAUCAAUGCAGCAUUAACACCAUCGUCCAAUCAAGUUGCACCUGAAACUUGCCCGAGUGUAAACAACAAUGAAGCUAAAAUAGCAAUAACCACUGAUGACAAUGAAAAGAAAUUCGGUAUAAACGAUGGAAAUGGUAACAAAGAUAAUAAAUUAACUGAUUCUGUUGUACCAAAUUUGCAAAACAAGAACUUUUUAAAUCCAUAUGAACAGAAUAGACGAGUAAGUAUUAAGGUGUUAGAAGGCAGUCUUAAUGAAGGGGAUCUAACUAGAAGAAAAACAAUGCAUCAUAAAGUUAGAUCAUGGUUGAUUCCGUCUGAAACACCCGCUAAUGUUAAGAUAUUUGGGGGAAGAAGAGCCGUGCAGGAAGAACAAAUAAGAUCAAGAAACGCCGGUUGGAUUAUUCAUCCGUAUAGUAACAUGAGAUAUUACUGGGAUCUUGUCAUAAUGUUGUUCCUGCUAACAAAUUUGGUUGUUCUACCAUUGAAUAUUGCGUUUUUUACAACUGAGAACUUGUCAUCUUGGGUUGCCUUUCAUUGCUGUGCUGAUGCUUUGUUCGUACUAGACAUCAUAUUUAAUUUCCGAACAGGCUACAGAGAAGAAGACGGUUUUCGUAUGAUAAUAGUUCUUGAUCCAAAGCUCGUCGCAGUUAGAUAUGCGAAAUCGUGGUUGGCGCUAGAUGUGAUAAGUUCAUUUCCAGUGGAUAAUAUUUUGUUGCUGAUCAGUGGAAGCAGUAGUGAUUUCAGUUUGGGUGUGAAAAGUGCAUCAAGAGCAUUCAAAUUUUUAAGAUUGGCAAAGUUUCUAAGUCUGUUAAAGUUGCUUCGCCUUUCCAGAGUUCUUCGAUAUGUGUCUAAGUACGAAGAGUUUUAUCACGUGACAACGUCAGUUUUCCGAUACAUCAAGUUAGUUCUAAUGAUGCUGCUUGUGGCUCAUUGGAAUGGUUGUUUGGGAUUCUUGGUACCUUUAAUGCAAGAAUUUCCAAAGAAUUCCUGGGUAGCUUUGAAUGGCCUAGAGAAUGCCCACUGGAGCGAGCAAUACGGUUGGGCUUUGUUUAAGUCCUUGUCCCAUAUGCUUUGUAUCGGUUACGGCCGCUUCAUUCCUCAGCUUCUCAGUGAAGCUUGUAUUACCAUCUUCAGCAUGAUUACAGGCGCAACCUUUUACGCUCUUUUUAUUGCUCAUUCAAUGGCUUAUAUACAACAAAGUGACUCCGCAAGACGGCAGUACCAGGAAAAGUUUAAACAAAUUGAAGAGUACAUGACAUACAGAAAUUUGCCGCUUUCUACUCGAGAAAGAAUUACAGAUUACUACGAACAUAAGUACACUCAAAAGAGGUUGUUCAAUGAGACUGAGAUUUUAGCGGAAGUCUCUCUACCAAUCCGAAACGACAUCGUCAAUCAUAACUGCAGAGAUCUUAUUGAAUCGGUGCCCUUUCUCAAAGAGGGUGGUAAUGACUUUGUUAUGUUGGUUAUCAAAAAAUUAUCGUUUGAUGUUUACCUACCAGGAGAUUUUAUCAUCAAAGAAGGCACAGUAGGAGAUGAAAUGUACUUCAUUCGUAAUGGAGUUGUUGAUAUCUUGGUGGGAGAUGUUCAUGUUGCAACGUUACAAGAAGGAGAUUAUUUUGGAGAGAUUACAAUGUUAACAGAUGCUCGACGCGUUGCAAGUGUUAAAGCCGCUACCGUUUGCGAUUUAUUUAUACUGAGCAAAGAUAGUUUGUACAUAGCCCUUGAAGAAUUUCCUGAAAUGAGAGUGAUAAUGGAACAUGUUGCUUUGGACAGAUUAAUGAAAUUAAAACAGAGGUUUCUAACGUCAAAUAACACUGCUGAUGCAACUUAUGAUCUUGAAAAUCGUCGAAAAUCUUCAACAACAUCCUUACCACAAGGAUCUGGUGUUGGUCAACACAGCACCACUGUGAAAGUCUCAAAUGCUGCAAUUGACAACGAGUUUACUUCAACAGGUACCCUUCACCGCAAAUUUAAAGACAGUCUGUGUGAUGCAAGACAUCUCACAAAAGAAGACCUCAGGCAAUAUACGCACAACGAGCAUCGAAGCUUGAUUAACAUGGAAAGUCAGUCUUUUCAAGAAAGAACUGAUUGUCUAACUGGUCGCAUCAGAAGUUGCUAUUGUGAUAUUUGCAAUGUUGACCACGUUGUUGUAUAAAUGUAUUUUGACUAUUUUAAGCACUACUCAAA